AUGCGUUCCUUCAUUGCUACCGCUGUCUUCGUCGCUGGCGUCACUGCCAAGAUGAGCGGCGACUACCUUGAUUGUGCUACUGCCGCACUGGACGGCAUCGAUACCUCCAAGUUCAAAGACUGCACCGAUCUGAGCUCCGAGGAGUGCUUCUGCAACAACAAGGAUGCCAUUGAAAGCCUGACCGAGUCCGCUGAAGCCAUCUGCAAGGAAGCCGGCAUUGACCUGGAUUCGCUCACAUCCUCCCUCUGCCCCAGCAACCGCGUCUCAGCACCAGCCCGUCACGCCUCCAAUCCCAUGGAACCCGCCAACAUGAAGCGCGCAUACUCCCCCUCCAGCGAGACCGAGCCCCAGAUGCCGGAGCCCCGCGUAGUCUAUGUGACCAAGACCGAGACCCACACCGCGUGUAGCUGCAAGACCACGCCCGCCCCAGCGCACAUCUCGCAGAUCCCCGUCGAUGUCCCCGUCAGCUCUAGCAUGAUCGGCAUGCUCGCUGCCUCUUCGCCUGUCUACUCUAACGGUGUUCUCAUCCCCGCCUCCUCUUCUGUUCUCUUCGGCUCUUCGGCUUCUGCUGCUACUCCUUCCCCCAGUGGUGCGGAUCCCAACCGCUUCUCUCCCUUCCAGGGUGCUGCGCCUCAGGUUAGCGCUGCCCACAGUGGUAUUGCUGCCCUUGGUGUUGCGGCUAUCAUGGGCCUGAUGAUUGCUCUGUAA